CAGGGCGGGGCUGCCCGCGUGGGCGUCGUGCUCCUGAACAUCGGGACCCCGAACUCGCUCGACCUCGACGACGUCGCGGACUACCUCGGCCGGUUCCUCGGGGACCGGCGUGUGGUGAGCAUCCAGGACCCCGAGGAGAGGAGCGCGGUGCUGACGGGGGUCCUCGGCGCCCAGCCCGCCAAGUCCGUGGAGAGCUACGCGCGGAUCUGGGACCCUGUCCGGGGCUCGCCGCUGCGCUACCACAUGCAGGACCUGGCGGCCGCGCUCCAGGGCGAGCUGGGGCCCGCCUUCGAGGUCCACGUCGGGUUCCAGCACUCCGAGCCGUCGGUGGACGCGGCUAUGGCGAGGCUGGCGGCCCUGGACGUGGACAGGGGAUCUUCCUCGCCUGCGCGGCGCUUGCGCGGACGGGGUCCGCCGCGCUGCCUCGUGCCGUGGCGGCCUGCUGCUCUGCGCAGGUGGUGCUCGUGCCGAUGUUCCCGCACUUCGCGGAGGCGACGGUGGCGGCCUUCCUGGCGAAUGCCAUGGACACCGCGUCGCGGUUCCACUGCGGCGCGUACCUGCAGGUGCUGCCCCCCUUCUACCGCGAGCCGGGCUUCGUCGACGCCGUGGCCGCCUGCGUCACGGGCGCUGCAGGUCCAGCCUGCGAGAAGGUG